AUGGCUUCCUCGUCGAGAAAGUACGAAACCCGAAAGCGAGAUCCGAAUCCCAAAACCGCAGCUCUUCUCGUGAUCGAUAUGCAGAAUUACUUCUCCUCCACGGCCAAGCCAAUCCUCCACAACGCUCUAACCACCAUCGAUCUCUGCCGACGCGCCUCCAUCCCCGUCUUCUUCACGCGCCACGUACACAAAUCCCCUACUGACACUGGCAUGCUCGGCGAGUGGUGGAGCGGCGAUCUGAUCCUCGACGGAACCAACGACUCCGAGAUUAUUCCGGAGAUCGGUAAACAGGUGAUUACACGAGAGGAGGUCGUGGAGAAGAGCACGUACAGCGCGUUUCGUAACACGGGACUCCAGGAGAAGCUGGUGGAGAUCGGCGUGGAGGAGGUGAUCGUGAUUGGAGUGAUGACGAACCUCUGCUGCGAGACGACGGCGCGUGAGGCGUUCGUUAGAGGUUUCAGGGUUUUCUUCUCGACGGACGCGACUGCGACGGUUAAUCAGGAGCUUCACGAUGCAACGAUCAUGAAUCUCGCGUAUGGCUUCGCUUAUCUCGUCGAUUGCGAUAGACUACGUAGAGGACUUAUCUUGUAA